AUGUACGCAGGACCGACCCGCCAUACUCUUGUCGAGUCUUAUGUGCCUGCACCGCUGCGCAUCGAGAAGAAGCCGGCGAUCCAGACGACUCAAGCACAGACAACUCAAGCACAGACAGCGCAGACAGCACUCGCACAACCACAGCAGGCGACGAUCCAGGCAGCAACACCACCCAUGCAGUCGACCCAGGACUUUGUGCGCCGCACCGACCGGAGCAUGGCCCGCCAGCAAGCCCAGGAGGCCGUGAUGCAGCAGCAGCAGCAGCAGCAGCAGCAGCAGCAACAAAACUACGGCCAUCAGCCACAACAGCAGCCACAGUACUCCCUGUACCAACCGCGCCGGCCGGCACCCGCCCACGCCCCUGCCCACCCUCAUCCGCACCACAGCCACCUCCGCGGCCCCAACAGCGCUCCCUUCCAGUGGCAGCGUCCGGCCCUCCUCAAGCCGACCAAGGCGGCCCCGGCCCGCCCGCGCGCGCCGGGCGAGAUGUUUGCCGCGCUGCCGGGCGAGGUCUUGGAGCUCAUCCUGGACGAGCUCAAGCGGUCGCACAUGGAGGACGGCCAGAGCUGCGCGACGUGCUGGAUGCGCGACGCCUGCGCGAUGGCGGUGACGGCGCGCAAGAUGCUCAAGUACGCGCGGGUGGCGCUGUACGAGGGCAUCGAGCUCGCGGGCGCCGAGGCCGUGCACGCGCGGCACGCGCCCAAGGCGAAGAAGCUCAAGUCGCAAAAGGAGCGAGACGAGGCCGCGCAGCAGCAGGCCCGCCGCCUGCUCGCCGACUCGCGCCUGUCGCUGCUGCUGCGCACGCUGCAGGCGAGCCCGCCGAUUGCGGCGAUUGUGCGGACGCUGCGCGUGCCGCCGACGUUUGCGUCGGCGCUGCUGACGGCGCCCGUGGCGCCCGACGCGUACGAGGCCCUCGUCGCGUCCGUGGUGCAGGCGUGCCCCAACCUCGAGCGCGUGCUGGGCUACUACCCGGCCUACGACCACAACGCCGCGCACGCCCGGUACGCCGCGGCCCUGGCCUCGCGCGCGCGCCUCAAGGAGAUGACCUGGGUGGUGGCCCCGCUGCUGUCGCAGGAGCAGCGCGAGCAGCACGCGCGGGCGCAGCGCGAGCACACGUUGCUGCAGCAGCAACCGAAGCCGCGCACCCGCGGCAAGUCCUUUUCGCACAUGCGCCGUCCGGCGUCGCCGCCGCUGCUGCCGUCGCUGCCGUCGCCGCCCGUGUCGCCGCGCCUGGCCCAGGACGACGGGUUCGCCGAGCGGAUGCGGCCGCGCACGGGUUCGGCUGACGCUGUUGGGACGCCAUUGUCGCCGCCGUCGUCCUCGUCCUCAUCCUCGUCCUCGUCCUCGUCCUCGUCCUCGUCAGCCGUCGCCCUCGCGCCGCGCCAGAGCGCCCGCUUCCUCAACCACCACAUUCACUGGCAGUACCUGUCGACGCUCGCCGUGCACUGCCUCCCCGGCGCCACGCUGACGCCCUCGACGCUGCUGGUCGACGCCCUCAUGUACCUGCCGGCCCUGCAGAACCUGUACCUGUCGCAUCUGCCCGCCGCCGCGUUCGACGACGCCAGCCUGCUGGCCCUGCCGCCGCUCCGGAAGCUCGCGCUCGUGCACCUGCCCGGCGUCACCGCGCAGGGCCUGUCGACCCUGGCCACGCGCGGCACCAGCCGGUCGCUGACGGACGUGUCGCUCGUCCACGUCGGCCGCACCGCCGGCGACGCCGGCGACAUGCCCAACCUGCCCGCGCUCGCGCGCCUGCUCAGCAAGCUCGACAAGCUGACGUCGCUGUCGCUCGUGCAGUCGCAGGCGCCCGCGCUGCCGUCGGGCGACGUCAUCUGGCUGUUUCCCUACCUGGCGUCGCCGUCCCUCGAGAAGCUGCACUGGGACGUGCCGACGCCCACGCCUGUGCCUGUGCCAGCGGCAGCAGCAACAACAGCAGCGGCAGCGCCCUCCGAAAGCCCCUUUGGUGCGCCCCUGGCCGGUGACGUCGUCCUCGCCCGCAGCAUCGCCGCCCAGGGCUUCCCGCGGCUGCGCCAGCUGCGCACGCCCAACGACCCAGACGGCCUCUUCCAGGCGCUGUGCCGGCCGCAGGAGCGCGUGGUCCUCGCAAAAGACCGCUACCGGGGCGCGGGCACAACGUACCCCAGUGCAUUCACGUCACCAGCAGGGACGACUUCGACAACGUCGACGCCUCCCUCGGCCGCGGCUGCGGGCGGCCACCGCCAGCGCGACUCCGAGUCGUCCCUCUUUUCGGCGUCGUUUGGCACGCACUCGCGCACCAACAGCACCGCGUCCUUUACGUUUGGAAAAUCGUCGCCGUCGUCGUCGCCGUCGUCGUCGUCCACGUCGAGCGCGGUGUCGUCCGCCUCGAGUGCGUCCUCCACGGCGUCCGCGCCGCCCGCCGCCGAAUGGACCUGCACCCACCUGGGCGCGGCGCGCGUGGCCGCCCAGGCGCGCAUCGACGCGUCCCGCCGCGCGCCGCGCAUGCUCGUGCACGUCACCGACGAGCACGGCCGCCUGGUCGACCAGUACGGGCUGGCCGGGUUUGUCGGGACCGUCGGCAGCCCCAUCACGUACCACCUGCUGCCGGAUGCGGGCGCGUCGGACGAGAAGGGCGGGCUGGUGGACAUGCACGAUGUCUUGUGCGGCGGCGGCGGCGGAGGCGCUGCCACCGGGGCUGACGACGCCGUCGCAACAAAGAACAAGACGGACAAGAAAAAGGAGGACACGUCCGAGGCGAACGCCUCCAUCGCCGCCUCCGCCUCUUCGAGAGAAGGCUGCACGGGCCAGUGGAACGCCAACUGGGAGCUGCCGCAGAAGAAGGACCGCGCGCGCUGGUGGCACACGGAGCGCCCGCGGUCGCGCGCGGUGGCGUUGUUUUAG